AGAUUUCGCAGCCUCACAACGGCAUUUUAUAGAGAUGCCAUGGGAUUUUUGCUCCUAUUCGAUCUCACAAAUGAACAAUCAUUUCUCGAGAUACGAAACUGGAUAGAACAACUAAGGUUACAUGCCUACUGCGAGGUACCAGAUGUAGUUUUGUGUGGAAAUAAAGCAGAUCUAGAAGAAAGAAGAGUUAUUACCGAAUGGAGAGCUAGGGAAUUUGCUGAAUCAUAUAAAUUGCCCUACUUAGAAACGAGUGCCGCAACGGGACAGAACGUAAACAGGGCCGUGGAAACCUUAGUAGAGCGAGUGAUGAUCAGAAUAGAAACAGCGGUAGAUCGAGCUAUGCUUCCAGGACGACGAGGUCGGCCAAAAGAUCUAAACGAUGUAGACGGCGGAUCACAAUCACAGAAUUGUUCUUGCUGACGUUAAGGACAUUUCCAUAUAUUUUUGCGACACGAUAAAAAGGGAAAUAUGAG